AUGGCGAGCGGCAGCACCUCCUCGAACGUCGUCGGCGUCCACUACCGCGUCGGCAAGAAGAUUGGCGAGGGCUCCUUCGGCGUCAUCUUCGAGGGCACCAACCUGCUCAACCAGCAGCAGGUUGCCAUCAAGUUCGAGCCGCGCAAGAGCGAUGCCCCUCAACUGCGCGACGAGUACCGCACGUACAAGAUCCUCGUUGGCUGCCCCGGGAUCCCUAAUGUCUACUACUUCGGUCAGGAGGGCCUGCACAACAUCCUGGUCAUCGACCUGCUGGGCCCCAGCUUAGAGGACCUGUUCGACCACUGCAACAGAAAGUUCUCGAUCAAGACUGUUGUCAUGGUCGCUAAGCAGAUGUUGUCGAGAGUUCAGACCAUUCACGAGAAGAACCUCAUCUACCGCGACAUCAAGCCAGACAACUUCCUCAUUGGCCGACCGGGCUCCAAGAGUGCUAAUGUAAUCCAUGUCGUCGACUUUGGUAUGGCAAAGCAGUACCGUGACCCCAAGACAAAGCAGCACAUUCCCUACAGGGAGCGCAAGUCUCUCUCCGGUACAGCGCGUUACAUGAGUAUUAACACCCAUCUCGGACGCGAGCAGUCUCGCAGGGACGACCUAGAGGCUCUUGGUCAUGUUUUCAUGUACUUUCUUCGAGGCGGUCUUCCAUGGCAAGGACUCAAGGCUGCGACCAACAAGCAGAAGUACGAGAAGAUCGGCGAGAAGAAGCAGACGACUCCUAUCAAGGAUCUCUGCGACAGUUUCCCUGAGGAGUUCAACAAGUAUCUGAGCUAUGUGCGUAACCUCGGCUUCGAGGACACGCCUGACUACGACUACCUGCGCGAGCUCUUCACCCAGGCGCUUAAGAGCACUGGAGAGGUGGAAGACGGCGAGUACGACUGGAUGAAGCUGAACAAUGGCAAGGGCUGGGAGGUAAUGAAAUCCCACCCCUCGGCGGUUCAACAGAUGCACCAUUCCAACGUCCACCAGAACUCUUCUACCGCGGUCAACGUCCACGGCCAGCCUCACAGGCAGCCAAAGACGCACCUACCCGUCGACCACCACCGUUUAAACGAGCCUCUCCCAAAGCCGGGGGCGACACGGGCCCAGCCCGGAAGAAGCCCAAGGGAGCAAGCAGCACGCGGGGCGGAGGUCAAGAGGAAGAGCAUGGGCGAGUUGGCACCGCCCGACGCAGCCUCCAACCAGGCUCAGUUUCAGCACAGCCAACCGAACCUCAACCAGACCCAGAACCGCGCGACUCCCACACAGAGCCCGAGCGCACAACAACCGAGGCGACAGGAGCCUGAGAAGGAGGGCUUCAUGCAGAAGCUCACCCGGGUCCUUUGUUGCGGCGGUGGCAGCAACUAG